CUCGGUCCUCCGGGUUCCAUGGACCUCCAUGAGACAUGAGCUGAGGCUAGCAUUAGCUCAACAAUCCUCAAACAGAGAGGAUGGAAAGAACAAAAGAGACUGAUCAAGUUUGCUGGUCCUCUAACUAGAUAUGGAUUGAUGAGAAUACACGUCAUCAUUUCUUAGGAUAAGAAAGGAUGGGGUUAAAUGACAUGACGGUACCCUUCGUGGGUAAAUCUCUAAAGGAUGUCCGGCAAGAAUGGUGGGAUGCUCUGCAGCAACCUGAAUACCAGCGUAAGCUGGUCUUGGUUACAGUCUCCAUUGCUCUGCUCCUCGACAACAUGCUAUACAUGGUCAUCGUGCCAAUCAUUCCAGACUACCUCCGGUAUAUUGGUGCGUGGAACACACAUGAGACUAGUACCCCGGGGCAGGUUCAGGAGGUCAUCAAGUACUACGCCAACUCUACCGGCAACUACUCCAUCACCUACAUCAACAAAACGAGUAAGAUCAACGUGAAUGGUAUUCUUAUUGAGUACGAGGGAGAGGAUAGUGGAAUAGGUCUACUCUUCGCCAGUAAAGCAGCUGUUCAGAUUUUUAUAAAUCCGAUCAGUGGAACGGUUAUAGAUAGGAUUGGAUAUGAUCUACCGAUGAUGUUUGGAUUGACAGUAAUGUUCUUCUCAACACUUCUCUUUGCCUGUGGAACAUCUUAUGGGGUACUCUUCUUUGCUCGAUCUCUACAGGGAGUUGGAUCUGCUUUUGCUGACACGGGAGGACUAGCUAUGGUUGCUGACAGAUAUACAGAAGAGGCUGAACGAUCAAAAGCUCUUGGAAUUGCUCUUGCCUUCAUUUCGUUUGGAUGUCUGGUUGCUCCACCCUUUGGAGGCUUUCUCUAUGAGUUCUGUGGAAAGCCUGUACCCUUCAUAAUACUGGCUUUUGUUUGUCUGUUUGACGGAUUCCUGCUGCUUUUGAUCAUGCGACCAAUGAAGCACAAGGAGGCAGAAGAUGGAAAGGAGAUUCCCGUAGCAACUCCGAUGUGGAGGCUGUUGAUUGAUCCACACAUUGCAUGUUGCGCAGGAGCAUUAGUUUCUGCAAACAUUUGUCUAGCGUUUCUGGAGCCGACAAUAAGUAAAUGGAUGAAUGAUACGAUGAACGCUGAAGAAUGGCAGCAAGGUCUAAUCUGGCUACCAGCUUUCUUCCCCCAUGUUGCAGGAGUAGUACUUACAGUCAAGAUGGCAAGGAAGUAUCCUGAAUACCAAUGGCUUCUAGCAAUGGUAGGAUUGUUCUUAGAAGGAGUUUCCUGUUUCAUCAUCCCCUUCAGCCAAAACUACUUUGUGCUCAUGUUUCCAAUAUGCAUUAUUUGUUUUGGAAUUGCCCUUGUUGACACCGCUCUACUCCCUACUCUUGGAUUUAUUGUGGACAAGAAGUAUACCAGUGUUUAUGGAUCGGUUUAUGCCAUAGCUGACAUCAGCUACAGUGCUGCAUACGCAUUCGGACCUGUUGCCGCCGGACAUAUUGUUGAGACCAUGGGGUUCACAGCACUCAACAUCAUAGUAGCCAUAAUAAGCAUUGGUUAUGCCCCCAUCAUCUACUACUUAAAGGACAUGCAUGACUACAACAAGUACGAAGAGCCUGGAACUGAGGAGAAUGUUCUGAUGGGUGAUCCUCCGACCAAAGAGUAUCAAACCUACAAUUUAGCUGAAGGAAAACCUGUUCUGAAUGGAGCACCUGGCCCUGGAACACAGACAGAAUAUUACGCCCAAGUUGAACAAGAAGAAACCAACUUUAACGAAAAUAUAACUGCGAACCCCUUUAGACAGCCUCAAGGAGCCAACCCCUUCCGCCGGUAAUGGUCUUCCAAAUCCUUGGAGGUAGAUUUCAAGCUCCUAUGUAUACAUGACCAAGAUGAAAAGUAUAUCCUAAUUUGACUUUAAAUAUUUUAAUCCCUCCGCUCAAAAAAAUCUAGUUCUUUUUUGUGGAUAAAGAUACUUUUGUCCUUAGCUUGGGGCAUUUAUUUAGUCCAACAUAGUCCAAUUUACAUUUUUCAGAGCACAUCCUUAAUUCAACUAAUUUAUUAAUUGGCAAUGUAUAUUGAUCCUUUCAAACAUCUUAAAAUUUGUUUUCUCUAAAUCAAUAGUUUUCCUACUUGCACAUAAUUGCUUAAACCUCUAGCCUUUCUAUUUGUUUAUUUGUGUAAAAAAGCCCAAAACUUGGGCAAAGGUUUAGAAACUUAGCCGUUCUUUCAAUAUUGUUACUAUGAUGUUGUUACUUCAAUAGAUGUAAUAAGUUCAAAUAUUGUUGAUAUGAUUGGAGUCAAGGAUUAUGUACGAUAAACGAUUGUGAUUCAAAAAUAUCACAUCUAAAAAAUAUAUAUUGAAUUUUA